UUCACGUCGCUUUUAUUUUUUUUUAUUUCGGCAAUAGUAUUCACAUCGCUUUUAGAAAAAGCAAAAUCACCCUUUUUCUCUUUCAAAUAAAUACCCCGCACUUUCUUUCCUGCGCCUCUCAAAAUCCAUUGCUAGAUAGGAUUUUUCAAAAACAAAUACACAAAAAACAUCAAGAAGCAAAACCCAAAAAAAAAAAUAAAUAAAGGCUUUCUUUUUGUUUUUUUGGUGUGUGGAUAAGUAAAUUGAAUUUUGAAUUGGUGCUGAUGUGUAUGCUGUUUUGCUCCGUUACUCGAUGCGAAGAGCAAUAGAACGAUGCCGGAGAGAGAGAACGAGAACGAGAACGAAAACGACGCCGCUUCGACCAGCGAAGCGGCGUCGUCUUCGUCGACUUCUACGACUUCGGAGGUGAUGAACUUGUUCGGGAAAUACGAGGUUGGGAAGUUGCUAGGCUACGGCGCCUUCGCGAAGGUGUACCACGCGCGGAACGUGCGCACGGGGCAGAGCGUGGCCAUCAAGGCCGUGAGCAAGCAGAAGGUCCUCAAGGGCGGGUUCACGGCGCACGUUAAGCGCGAGAUCUCUAUCAUGCGCCGGCUUCACCACCCGCACAUCGUGAAGCUCUUCGAGGUUCUCGCCACCAAGACCAAGAUCUACUUCGUCAUGGAGUUCGCCAAAGGCGGCGAGCUCUUCGCGAAGAUCGCGCGGGGCCGUUUCAGCGAAGAUCUCAGCCGUCGGUAUUUCCAGCAGCUGAUCUCCGCCGUCGGUUACUGCCACUCCAGAGGCGUGUUCCAUCGCGAUCUCAAGCCCGAAAAUCUCCUCCUCGACGAAAAUUGGGAUUUGAAGGUCUCCGAUUUCGGACUCUCCGCCGUAAAGGACCAGAUCCGACCCGACGGUUUGCUCCACACGCUUUGCGGUACUCCCGCUUACGUGGCGCCGGAGAUUCUGGCGAAGAAAGGCUACGACGGAGCCAAAGUCGACGUUUGGUCCUGCGGUGUGAUUUUGUUCGUGUUGAACGCCGGUUACUUACCUUUCAACGAUCCGAAUCUCAUGGUCAUGUAUCGGAAAAUUUACAACGGCGAAUUUCGGUGCCCGAAAUGGACGACUCCGGAUCUCCGCCGGUUCAUCUCGCGAUUGCUGGACACGAAUCCCGAUACGCGAAUCACCGUCGACGAGAUCGUCCGAGACCCAUGGUUCAGCAAAGGCCACAAAGAAAUUAAGUUGCUAAACGACGACGUUUUUGACUUCAAGGACGACGAGGACUCGAACAGCAAGUCGUUGAACGCGUUUGAUUUGAUAUCGUUUUCGUCCGGGUUUGACUUAUCGGGUUUGUUCGGCGACCCCGAGAUAUCGGGCGAGCGAUUCAUGUCGGAGGAGACACCCGAAAAGAUAAUAGAGCGAAUCGGCGAAAUGGCAGAGGCCGAGAAUUUGACUGUGACGAAGAAAGAUUGGAAGGCAAAGUUGGAAGGACAGAAUGGUAAUUUUGUUGUGUUUGUUGAGGUUUACCGGUUGACGGAGAGUCUGGUAAUUGUCCAGAUACAGAAACGAGACAGAGAGACCGGAACUAGCCUUGAUAUUUGGAACGAUAAAUUAAGGCCUCAGCUUGAUGAUUUAGUAUAUCAACAACCGGAAGCGUCUGUUUCAGGUAACUGAGGCUGAGUUGGCGGUAAUGUUGAUUUCUCUGGGUUUCAGAAUUCUCAGACUUUCUGUUUGUAAUUUUACUGUGUAUUAUUGAUUUUAAAAUUCUAAAAUAAUCAAAAAUGAAA